UAGUUUCAGUCUUCUCCUAUAGAACAUGAUGCCAGUUUUGUAAAUAAUGUAUAUGGGUUGUCACCAAUGUGACUGACAGCUGAUGAUGGUUGCAGGUUCAAAUACUGGUUCCAGUCAAACUGUAAAUCUGAAGUCUUCACAACACUCAAACACACAGCCUGGUUUCUUCUUCAUUGUGCAUUUGAAGGCUCAUAUAUAGCAGCGAACUUUCCUCCGUUGCAUCAUCACCCAGCUUUUGUCUUAAUGUGCCGAGCUGUUGUGAUAUUGCUCUGAGGAAGGACGGAGGGGGAGACUCAAAUCAACAUCUGCUCCCACACCUGUGUCCCCACCCAUCACUGAAAUGCUGAGUGUUCAAAGUUUACUGGUCAAAUAUUGCUUUUGCAUAAUUUAGUAUCUGUGCAUUUGUGCACAGGAGGAGUUGAAUCACAUCAAUGUAUAAGAAUCCAACAGAGUGGAUGCCAUAACGGUCAUUUAGUCGUGGCGAGCUAUUUGCUUUGAGGCUGUGGCACAGGACAACAAAUGGGAAAAGGGGAAACACUGGGGGAUAAUUAGCCUUUUAUCAAGCUCGUUUUAACACUUUUAACGUGGCACUUUGACAGAGGGAGAGAGAUACACUGUGAUAAUGAGGAUGAAUUAUGUAGAAAUAAUGGUGAAUGAUCAACAUCCUUGAUGCACAGCAGAAUUCACUGUAGGGUACACAUUACCCUCAUCCUCAUCAGGGUGCACUUGCUCGCCCUCCUGCUUUCUCGCUUGGAAAUAAAAAAAAAACAAAAAACUGGCUCACUGUGAUGCAGCACGCGCUCGUUCAUUCAUCCACCAGCUCACUCAGCAGAGAGAGGGGACACUAACAGCUACCGUUCAACCACAUUGAUGUCAUUUCUUAAACAGCCACUUCAAGGAGCACGCGGUGUGUUGAAAGGAAUGUCAAACGGAAUGUAGAAAUCCACAUUUUGCGUUUAACCUCUGGAUAUAGCUCUGCGCGCGCGCGCGCACGGACACGCGCCCCGGGAAGGACAGACAGGUGGAGAAGAAAAUAGCAAAAAGAAGGCAGUGAUGCAACAUUACGGAUGCAAACUGUUGUGAAACACACAAACAAACAAACAAACAGACGACAACCCCCUCUUUGUAUUUGCGCCGAAUUCGCUGCAGCAACUUGUCACCGCAGAGCGCACGGAUCUGGCGCGGAUGUUGCUGGAUGAUCUUCACCCGAAACAAAGUUGCGGACGGCGGACUUGAAGUUGGAGCAGCGCCUUAAAGAAAGCUCUCGCUGAUGGAUUUAGUCGUAUCGCGAAACAUGAGAUAUUUGUUCAGUCGCAGGUCUCGCAACAUCGGAAGAGUUUAGUUGUUCUCGCACCGUUUGGUCCCCAUCGCAGAAUCGGUCUGGAGAGGAUGAGGAGUCUCUGGGUGCAGCAUGAGCUGUCAGAGGAUCAGUCAUAAGCGGCUGUCUCUGCUAUGGGAGGGGGCCGCUCUCUGCCUGUGGCUGUGCUGCUGCUGCUGGAUCUCUGGACCCGCAGCCGCAGCCCCGGGCUCCCUGGACUGGCUGCUGUCGGAUAAAGGGCCAUUCCACCAAUCUCAGGAGUUCACGGAGGCUGCGGAGAGAUACCAGCAUGGAUUCAGCACCAGAUACAAGAUCUACAGGGAGUUUGGUCGAUGGAAGGUCAACAGUCUGGCAGUGGAGAAGCGGAACAGUUUUGGUGGCAGCAGUGGUUUGGCUCUGCUCCUCGACCCUGACUUCAUGCACACCAUCCGGCAGCUGGGGCGGCGGCCAACCCUCCAGGCGAUUACGGAGAGUCUAAUCAAGAAAUAUGGCACCCACCUCCUCCUUUCUGCCACUCUGGGAGGGGAGGAGUCCUUGACCAUAUUUGUGGACAAGAAGCAGCUCAGUCAGGAGUCUUUGUCCUCGGGGGCCGAGGGCAACCAGAGCAGCAACAGGAACUCGAGCACGUCAGGAACAGUGACGCUGGAAGCCCUUCACCAACUGGCUGCUUCCUACUUCACUGACAGAGAGAGCACUCUGCGCAAGCUGCACCACCUACAGAUCGCAUCCACCGCUGUACGGGUGACAGAAACCAGAACUGGGCCUCUCGGAUGCAGCAACUAUGACAAUCUGGACACAGUCAGCUCUGUCCUGGUUCACAGUCCCGAAAAUAAAGUUAAUUUACAAGGAUUGCAGGUCAUCCUACCCAAGUAUUUACAAAGCCACUUCAUUCAGGCAGCUCUCAGCUACAUUGGCUGUAAAUCCGAAGGACAAUUUGUUUGCCAGAACAGCGACUGCUGGUGUGAGUGCAGCGUGGACUUCCCUCAGUGCAACUGUCCUCACUCUGACCUGGCCACGCUGCAGAAAACCCUGCUGCACAUCAGAGACUCGUGGAUGCUAAGCAACCAGGAGUUUGAGGGAUCUGAUGAAUUCCAACGCUUUGUUGGGAAACUGCCAACCCAGUAUGGUCUAAACACAUCUGCCGUGGAACACUUGUGGAGGACAGAUGCCAGGCUGCUCCAGCGCUACAGGCAGCUGGAGACUCGGAGCAACCAGCUUUUCACCAAAGCUCGCCGCACCAAUAACAAGCUCUUCAGCCUCAGCAAGAGGUGCCGGAAACAGCCCAGAAUAGUCCUGCAGAGGCCAAGAUCUCUGCACUUCUGGUUGAACUACGCCCUCUCAAUUUUAUACUGCAGUGAGAACAACCAGGUUGGCAUUUACAGUGACGAAAGCUAUAGCUGCUCCUGCCUCUACAACCACCCUCCAUGCCAGGGCAUCAUUCCCUGCUUUGUGGGCGAAGGUGUACGCUGUGCCUCCUGUUCCACAGAGAACCGGACACGAUGCUCCAGCUGUAACCCGGGCUUCACCCUGACCCAGGGAGUCUGCCGGCCCGCAGUGCCCGACCCCACAGACCCUUACCUGGGCUUAGAGAGCGACAGAGACCUGCAGGAUCUCGAGCUGCGCUACCUGCUUCAGCAGCAAGACCCACGCCUUUCUUUGCAUGCUGUAUUUGUGAGCAAUGACGUGCGCAUCAACACAUGGUUUGACCCGUCCUGGAGAAAAAGAAUGUUGCUCACCCUCAAGAGCAACCGGGUAAAGUCCAAUCGUGUUCAUAUUCUUCUUGGAAUCUCUCUCCAGUUUUGCCUCACUCGGAACAGCACUCUGGAGCCAGCGCUGUCUCUCUUUGUCAACCCCUUCGGGGGGAGCCAUUCAGAGAGCUGGACCAUGCCUAUCGGCCAACAUGGAUACCCAGACUGGGAGCGGACCAAGCUGGAUAUCCCUUUGGACUGCUUUAAUUGGACGUUAACUCUGGGAAACGGAUGGAAGAGCUUUUUUGAGACUGUUCAUUUCUACCUGAGGAGUCGUUUGAGAGACUCUGUUGGGGUGACGGGAGGGACCAAAAACACAACGGUGUACUAUGAGCCCCUGGAAGAGACGGAGCCAUCCAGCAACGUCGGCUACAUGAAAAUUAACAGCAUGCAGCUGUUUGGAUACAGUGUGCACUUUGACCCGGAGGCAAUCCAGGACCUGAUCCUGCAGAUCGACUACCCGUACACUCAGGGAUCACAGGACUCGGCCCUGCUGCAGCUGGUGGAGCUGCGCCACAGGGUGAACCGCCUCUCGCCUCCAGGGGGUUCGCACAUGGACCUGUUCGCCUGUCUGCUCCGUCAUAGACUCAAACUGUCCACGGCAGAUGUGACCAGGAUACUCACUGCCCUGCAAGCUUUCAGUGUCAGACAACCAAACUACGUGGAGUACGAGGCAAAUAAACUGUGUAGCUAAUGGCCACUGUUUGAUGUUUUCUACGAAUUUCCUUGCCACAGAUAAACCUGUAUCCUCUGUCAGUUGGAUCCAUUUGUGUCAAGUGUGUAGAAUGAUAUUGAAAGCUAUGCUGUACAUACUGUACACUGUGUGCAAUUAAAUUUGAUGUUUUCAUAAUUUUAGUGUAGUUUUUUUUAUUAUUAUUAUUUAAAUUAAGAUUUAACGGCCAACAUAUUCCUACACGAGCAAUAAUCAAGUGGCAAAAAAGCCAAACUGUGCCCAUAUUUACUACAUGAUUGAUUUAAAACAAGAUGGAGCAUUACCACAUGAAAUACCAUCUAAAUAUCCCCCAGUACUCUGCAUUUUUAAUUGGUAUACAACAAAGAACAAUCAAAUAACUGUACUAUUAACUUGCAGUCUCCGCAAUUUUUUUAUUGCAUUGUUUCAAAUUACAACUUCGAUUGGAAAAUGAUCAAUUGCUCAGCGCUGGUGCACACACAGUCAGAGGAGAAUGGCUUUCUCUGUUAGUAAAACUGGAGGAUUGCCUCCAGCUGGAGACUUUGAACUACUUUUGGUCCCCUGCCAUGCACCUUUAUACUCGUUGUGUCUAUUGCUGUUGUUAAAGUUGAACUCUUGAACUCUUAAUUAUGACAUGGGAAGUCAUGUCAGGACAUGCUGACGUCAGAGCUUUCAGAAAGGCUGCAGUUAACUGGUCGUGAAUGUGACGGGGAGUGUUCAGAUAAACUCAUCUCAUUAACGUGGUAAACAACGCCAUUUGAAUGCAACAGGCAGACUGGCCACUCAGACAGAGGCACGAUCGCACAGAGGAAACAGUGUGAUGUCCACUCCUGCUCAAGACAUCAGAACUUAUUUUUACAAAGUUAAUCUUCAGGAAGUUGAACGUUGCAUAUUUGAAAGAUCCUCAGUUUAUUUUUCAGUGUGGUUAUAAUGUGAAUGUGACUAACAAAUGGAUUGUUAGUGUUAAAUUUUCUAUUUACAUCUUAAAACUGUGACAUACAUGGAAAUUGCCCGAGUCUUUAUCUUAGAUGUUUUCGUUGAUCUCACUGGAGAGUCAUAGUGGUGUGUGCUGUGUUGUUUUUGCCCAUCUGGAGCCUCCGAACACAAGGUCUCCAUUCUCUGUUGAGGGAACAGCCUUGGCAGAGAUUACUAAGUAUAUAGUGAGAAAAGGGAGGGUCGGGAGGAGCCUUCCUCUGUUCCUCUGUCGUCCCCAUCCGCCAUUCACACUUACUGUGAUAGAUGAGCUGGGGAACUGCAGGGACAUGCUUAGCAUCACACAACAGUAAGCUAGAUUUUAGGGACAAGGAUCCUACUCUCUCCCAGCGCCAGAGCAAGUUGAGCCCUCACAAGAGUGACUCUGACUUAAAGGGAAAUCAGCUUUAAUCCCCCAAGGGCUGUCACCAGUGAAGCCGCAGGGAAGCAGCAUGGCAAAGCUUUGAUUAGACUAGAAUCUAAAGAGUGCAGUAGCAAAAGACCGAGCUUCAUCGAGAUUCAUCAGACACGUUCCUCGGCAGAUUAAAGCCGGACACGAUUUGCUCUGAUGUUAUCGCGCAGAAUGAAUGUGAAGAGGUUAUUGAUGCAGUUUUGACUGUAUGGCGAGGUGCUGUGCAUACCACUGACCUCACCGUACCGUCAUUUAAAUGACUAUGAAAUUAAUAAUCGUGCAGUGGUAUUAAGUGUCAUGGGUUUAUGUGGCAGAGUACAGACUACAUUCAUGUCAAGCUCCCUUUUGCAUCCUCUCCUUAUGCAUUUGCUUCUGCUCUGUUUUUACUAGUUAUUUUGC